CUUGUCUACAUUAUGUUUAUUAUCAACAACAGACGGACAAGCGUGGUCUCAAAUGCCACAGAAUCCGCUGGUUUUAGUGAAAACGCUCGCUCAGGACCGUAUUUGGAAGGAAAUCUUAAACUGAUUGGAACUCUAGAAUGUAAUACAGAUGUGAUGUGCUGCAGAUUUAGUCCUGAUGGACAACACUUAGCAGUUGGUUUAAUAGACGGAUCUAUCAAGAUCUACAGUCCCUCCACCUACCAGUGCCUUUACAGUCUACAAGACACAGAUACUCAGAAAAAACAUCUGCCUGUCACUCAAAUCCGCUUCCGUCUCUACUCAUCUGAUGAAAAACCAGAGUAUUCUCAUAUCAUUAUUGCUUCAUAUGCCUCAGGUCUGGUCAAAUUUUGGCAUUACACAUCAGGGAAGUGCCUUCAUACAAUCAAUGAAGUUCGACAAACACUGAAUAUUGCCAUUAAUCCGGAUGGCACCAGGUUUUUGACCACUGGGGACUCUCCUCAAAUCCAUGUGUACGAUGAGGAGACGAAGAAGAGGAUUAACACACUGGAGCCCAGUGAUUCUAGAGAUAAAAUGGAUGGGCAUCAUUUCCGAGUUUUUGCUGCCCAGUAUCAUCCAAACUUUCCUCACAUCUUUAUCUCAGGAGGCUGGGACAACACAGUCCAUUUUUGGGAUGACCGUCAAAGACAAUCAAUCAGACUUAUCAGUGGACCUCACAUCUGUGGGGAGGGCUUGGACAUUGACCCAGUUCACAACCACAUCCUGACAGGUUCCUGGAGGAAAUACGAUGUUCUACAGAUUUGGGACUUUGCUAGUGCAGAGAAAAUAAAAGAUGUCCCCCCAGAACCCAUGAAUGACAGUUUGUUGUACUGCUGUCAGUGGCUGGGCAAGGAGAACAUUAUCUGUGGAGGAUCGGACAUGAAUAUGGCCAGGGUCAUUGACAGGGGAACACUCAAUACGACCGGUCACUUGUGUGAGCUCCCACAGGGAGUCUACUGCAUCGACAAUGAUGGCAAUGGUCACAAUCCUCUGGUGGCCAUAGGAAGUAGCAGCAGCAUUUACCUGGUGAAGAGUGAAAAGAAAUCCAGUUAGAGUUUGGGUCAUAGACAAAGGAAUGGUCAUCCUUUCAAGCCUAGACUUACAAGAGAUAUUAAAGUAUUUUUUAAUCUUUCAGUGAUAUGGACCAGAUUUUUAGAGUUUGUAUUACAUAUAUAACAAUGAAAGUAUUGUUACGGUAUCAAUGUCAGAAGUAUACAUUAUUUUGUACUUACAUUAUGGAUUUAUGAUUAGAAUUAAACUAUUGAUUAAUAAAAAUAUUAUUGGUA